ACUCCCGCCGCCGCCGCCUCGCAGUGCCGGAGCCCCCGCUGCACGGCGGAGCGCAGGGGCGUCCGCCGCGAACUCGACUCCUGGCGGCACCGGCUCAUGCACUGUGUGGGAGUCUCUUGGGAUGACCCUGCCUCUGUCAACACCUGCCCAUUUGCCAGAAAUGGAGUAUGGAAAUCGUUUUGACUGACUUUAGCAAUGCUGUGCAACAGUUUCUGCUGGCAGUUAAGGAUCUGCAGUUUGCCGAAUUUCCAGGCUAUGGUUUUGAAAGUAUUUUAGAAGGGCUUUAUGGACCAAGGCUACGAAGAGACCUCAGUUUAUUUGAAGACUGUGAACCAGAAGACGUGACUGACUGGUCUAUGGAUGAAAAUUGUUCCUUUUGUAAUUUACAUAAAGAAACAGUCAGUGAUCAUACCACAGUCAUUGGUUCUUUGCAGUCAACCCCCACAGAGGAAGUGUCAUCUCAGGGCCAAUCCAACACUGACAAAAUUGAAUGCCAAGCAGAGAAUUACCUAAAUGCACUCUUUCGCAAGAAAGAUCUUCCUCAGAACUGUGAUCCUAACAUUCCCCUAGUUGCUCAGGAACUAAUGAAGAAGAUGAUCCGUCAAUUUGCAAUUGAAUACAUUUCAAAAAGUAGUAAAAUGCAAGAAAAUAGAAACGGUUCAUCAUGUGAAACAAGUCUGAUACGUAAAGGUAUCCAAAUGAACCAAACGGAAAAUUCACUUCAGGAAGAACAGGAUAGCCCUCUAGACCUCACUGUGAAUCGAACACAAGAGCAGAACUCUCAGCCAGGGGAUGGAGUGCUAGAUCUCUCUACAAAGAAAAUAAGUUUGGAACAGUCGGCAUAUGAUGGAUCAUGUUCUGAAAAUUCGGUGUCUGGUUCAAGUACAGCAGCUGGUGCAAACUCAGAGGAAACAACUAAAUUGGAAAGAGGAAAGUCUGCUUUAAACAGAGUUUUGGAGUCGUUGUGUCUGUAUCAUGGCCAUCAGAUUCUAGCUAUGUUGCAAUUUUUAAUCCAAGGACAGAAUAUCAGUUUAAUUUGCCAUUGCCAGCUAUCACGUGUUAUAUAUUCUGAAACAUCUGAAGAUGAUCUACACAAUCCUGUUGGCAGCUGCAGCUGCUGCAUGUUCAUGCCAAGGUGCUGUUUACAAAAUCAAAGACCAAAUUCUUUUUUACCACCUCUUUCUGCCUGCGCGGAUGACUCAGAUUCUUUCUCGUGCCAAUAUGUAGCUGCCAGAUAUUUUGACUCUGUGUUGAACAAAGGGAUUACUCCGCCUCGCAAUGUUCAUAGGUGCUGCCCCAAACAGUCACGGCAGUUUAGCAGCCACCCUGCAAGAGUAGCGCUUUGUGCGCAUCUUCGUUCAGCCAAGCAAAAGACAACCAAAGCUAGAAGAGGCCGCAGCCCUUCACCGCCUUCCUUAUCCCCUGUGGAAGCAGAGGAAUAUGAUUCUUUGGAAGAAUCACUUGCAGGUUCUUUAGCUUUAGAUAACCAAAUUGAAACCAGUUCUAAACAGCCUCCAUCCCUCUUGCCAGCUGAAAGAAGUUGCUCUGUGUGUGAACCUAAAGAUAAAAUACGCUUUGCCGAAGCACCCGAUAACUCAGAGGACACUUUUCUGCCUGUCAAUCGAGAAAAUCGCCUUAUAAAUUCCGAUAAGCUUGAAAAAGUUGAAAAUGUAGCGGCCUUUCAAGACUUAAUGGAUCGCAUUAAUAAGAAAUUAAAAUUGAUAGAAACUACUGAUAUAGCAAACCCUGCCAAAUUGUUGAAGAGCAAUGGGAAAACCGAAGCUGACACUAAACUGCAAAAGUUUAUAGCAUCUCUCUUACGCAAUGCUAAGACAAAUGAUUAUAAUUUUACGGAGCUGUUGAGCCAACAUGACACAGAAGUAGAAAACAAAAUUGUCCAAACCAGAUUUUGCAAACGACAAGAAACCUUGUUUGCAAUGCAUAAUUCCCCUGAUUCCUCAUUGUCUCGACGGCAGUCUUUGCAGAUCAAGAGAGAACUUGCUAGUCUCGAGGAAACCUUGAUAAGGAGAAAGGCAGGUUCAGAAAAGAAGAUGAAAACGCCUACAAAAAAAAACAGGCUAUCAUCACCAACUGACAAUCAUCCUGUGCUAAAAGAUACCGGUUUACAAAAUCAUGAAAAUAAAGACAAGCUAUUUUCUCCCAUUACAUCAAAGUCUUUGGUGCAUUGUCAAGAAGAGUCACUAGGGCUACCUCAUAACAAUUUAGAAACCAGUUCUGGUUUUGUGGCACUUUCAACAAAUGACUCCACAACACCCCAUAUCAGCUUGGUUGAAAUGCAUGGAGAUUGUGCAGCUGAAGGUCAUACAGAUCGGGUCCAUGUAAAGGGAGAGGAUAACAGUAUAUUGGAAGGGACCAAACAUAACAACAUUAUUCCCCCUGUGUGGUGCUCUGUGUAUGUAACAAAUAAUUUUUUGUUUUCCAAGCCCUCAAAGGCAAAAAAACCUCCUGAUUAUGUAGAAAGACAGAAAAUGUUGAAAGAUUUUCAGGCAACAACAUACAGCAACGAAGAUAUAAAUAAGAUCGUACAGAACACAAAUCUGCAUGUGGUGGUAGAACGUUUGGAAGAUAAAAUAAACAUUGCUCAGAAGACUAAAACUCCAUUGUUCAGCGGAUAUAAAAUAUCCAGCAAACUGAAAGAUAUUCAGAAGCAUAAUGCUAACAGUCCUAAAUCUGGUUUUCUUAUUAGCAUGAAUGAAACUGGAAGCAAGAGUCAGUAUGUGCUAUCGCAGGCUCGCGUGCCAAGUAGCAAUCAUACCAAGGACUGUGUGCCCAUUAAAGAAAAAGAAAUAAUUGACCAAGGAUGUAAAAGUAUUCUAAAAUCGUCAUCUUUUGGUUCAUCUGUAUCGACUUCCAAUAACGAAAACCUUCAAACAGGUUCUAAUGCUGGGGAUGGUUCACCGGUUAUAAAAUACACUAGUCCUGUAAAACUUAUGUUUCUUUCAGAGAUUAACAGUAGCGAAGGAGUCAAAUACACUUUAACUUCAGUACACGAUUCUGCUAAAUUAAACAUUGAUCUUUAUGCUGUCCAGAGGGAGAAUGUAAUUUCAGAAAAACAAUCAGAAAUACAAGAUCGUACUAAAGAUCUUUCCGCUGUGGAAUGCGUCUGUGAGAAUAGUCAUAAAAAUGAAGUGGAUUCUCCUCUGCCUGCAAUAAUUACUAAUAAAACGAAUCCCAAUGAGAACAAAUCAGGUGAAGAGACUGUGGAACAAAGCAACAAUGAAUCCUGCCUGAAAAGAAGACCUGGUAGACCCAAAAAAAUAGGUCCUCAAGUUGUGAAACAAGUUAAACGGCCGAUAGGGCGACCUCCAAAGCCUAAGACGGAUGCGGCUGAAAAUGCCAACCAUCCAAGUGAUUCCAUUAGUGCUGGGAAAGGUUCCAAUUCAAAUGCAGAAUUACCAGAAGAGGAAAAUAUUAACAAAAAUAUUACUGUAACAGUUGUCUUUGGAAGAUCACGAAGGAUUAAGAGAUGUGUUUCUGAAGGUAACCUCAACGUGGUCAGUGUGGUUCCGAGUCCUCCUGGCAACGGCGAUGCUGCAAGCGAGUCUGCUCAAGCAAAGCCAAACUUACAGGCCAGAAAUGGUUUGCCAAAAAACAAAGCUAUGCAAAAUUUAAUUUCUGAAAAUAAGACCUGUGCAACAGGGUAUGAAUAUGUGAGGCCUUUGGAGAGCAGCCUAAUGCUGCCGUCCCACUGCAGCAACAUUGUCAGACCAAACCAGAAGCCUUUAAAUGUGACUAGGAAACCUGGUCGGCCAGCAAAAGUCAAAAUAUCUGGCAUAUCCGUGACUGUUAAUCAGAUUUCAUCUCAGGAAAGACAAGUGAGCAUCAGCAGCCGCCUGCCGCCUUUAGAGCAAGACACUGUGUUAGAAAAAAGUGUAGCACCGGAGGAGGAUCCCAACGAGUGCAAUACGAGGGAUGAUAGAAAAAAUGUUCCAAAUGAUGCGCAGGAGGGUUGUUUGCACAGUGAAACUGCAGUAGCCUCCAAGAGGCCUGAAACUCCUUUGAGACAAUCCCUUAGAGAGAGACAACCGUCGAUGCCUUUUUUAGAGUCGCUAGCAUCUUCUAGCUCAUUAUCUUGUCAGAGUGCCUUUCUACCGAAAUCAUAUAAGUGCUGUUUGAAAAAUGGUAAAGAUCAAAAAUUGGAAUGCGACUCAAAUGCGGGCGAGCCACCCAAAGAUACCUCAGUAAAUGAGAAUUCAAGAAAAGCAAACAGAGGUUCUGAGAAUCAUAAGCGGAGGUCUUUCAGUGAAACUUCACCGGAUCCCAUUGUUUCAUCCAAUUCUUCCCUUCGAUGGUGGGAUCCGUCGAUUUCUAAUGAUUCCUUGUUAAAAGAACUGAACAGUCGAUACGAACAUAUGACAAACACUUGGUUGCAUGUCAACGGAGAAGAUUUUGGGAAAUGCCUGUAUGAAGAAGGGUGUCCUAUUGAGCAAGAUUGUAGUGUUGAAGUAUCAAACUCCUUGGACUCCUGCAUUUUACAGCUUGAAAACUCGCCUAUAAAAAUGCUUUUCCAGAAAAAAUGUAGUAUAGAUGAACUGUGUACGUGGUUUAUGCAAACAACGGAAACACAGUCACUGUCACUAGUGAGAAAGGCAAAUGCCCGCGAUCCUUUUGAAGUGAUUAGUACAAGGCAGUUUAAAAUGGGAACGAGACAAUCUGAUUGUAAUUCUAAUCCUUGCAGAAAGCACUUUAAAAAGUUUGCACUAUCUACACCUUCAAAAUCUGCAGGACAAUUGCAAAUUUUGAAUAAAAUGGUCAGGUCUCGAGUCUUCAACAGGAAGCCUAAUUUUACAUUAGCUAAAUUAAGAACAGAACUUGAGAAUUUGCAGCAUGAUCGAUGGAAACAAGUGAAAAAAAUAUAUAAUUAUGGAAUGGGUAACUGGAAAUCUAAAAAAAGAAACUUGCGGUUUUUCUGCCAAAGCCAGUGUUUUGCUGAUAGAAGUAGAAAAAUUAAUGAUGCUCUGGGCAUGUGCAAGGGAAAUGAUACCGUAGAAACCAAAUCACCUGCAGUUCUGGUGGAAUCCCACAGAAACAUGUCGUCAACUGAAACAGAAAUGAGAGAUACUUAUCUUCAACAGAAGACACAAUUUCCUGACCUCAGCACACAGCCUGAUUUAAUAAAUAAUUGCAAACCAAGUGCACAGUUGACGUACUUUAACCAGCAAAAUAGUGAAAAAGCACAGAUCCCUGGAGAAUUUGGUGACGGGGUAUGGAAUGGCAAACCCUUUAAAGACUGCAGAAUAUUUCUGAAGAAACUCAAUCCCAGCAAAGACCAACGUUCAUUUCAUAACAAUCCUGCUGUUUGUACUCCGGAGUCUCUUGAUCGUAAUACUAGUCUUAGCUAUGUUCAGGAGAGAAGGCGUUGUACUUUAAGGUCCCAUUCUUCGAGACAAAAUGUGUCCAACAGGUGUGAAAAGAAAACAGAGACGUCUAGUGGAGUUAAACAUUCCAGCUUGGUUAAAGGGCUGAACAUCGAACAAGGUAGCAGGAAAUCGAGCAAACGGGUCACUUUUGAUGACAGCCCUACCGAGGUCCCUAAAAGAAUGAACAAGAAAAGGAGAAUACAAUGCAAGCCCACCAAUAUGAAUAUAAGAAACCGGGACAAGAGGCGAUUAUGCAGCUCUGGCCAAGUGUCCAGUUGUUACUCAAAAUACCAACUAGGGCCUCUUAAACCCGUCGGAUUGUCUUUGCUGAGUGGAUUUGCAAGCAGAGCUGUUGAAUAUUCCAUGAUUCCAUUUCAGUUGCCUCUUCAUGGAAACUCUCAAGUCUAACAGCAGAAUCCAUGAAGUCUCCAGCUGAGUCCAUCCGUCGCCUUGUCUCUAAUAAGCAUGCAGUCCUGUGAAUGAUCACUUUUUUAAAAAAAAAUGAGCGGGUCAUCGCCAUCAUACUAUACAAAACUGCUUCAGUGAACUAGACAUAAAACUUUGCCCCCCAAGGCUGUUUUCAAGGUAGUUUAGAAAGACAGCACGUACCACCUGGGCGGAGAACUGCUUCCAACAUUCAGGCACGGUCCUCUAGGAGUGCGCCCCGGGGACUGAGUCCACGCAAGCACUUUACAACUAACAUUGUGCAUGCCAAAGGGGGUUUAGGGAUGUUUUAUCCGUAGUUCAGUGGCAGUGCUCAGAUCUUGCAUGUUUGGCCAGCUGGCUUCCAGGGUGGUGGGUUGGUUCGUUCGUGUGUUUCAAAUUCCCAAAUGCAGACAAAAAACGGGCUUGUUGUCUAAUUAUUUCUAUGUGACGGUUUGCACACAUCUUAAAAUGCACAUCUGUUUUUUAAAAAAUUAAUUACCCCGUAGAAGGUAUUGUAAACUGCAGCGGCAGAAACGUUUCUCUGAUAGUUGAGAUGGCUGUAAUGAGCCUCUGUGUGUGUGCGUGUGCGUGCGUGCUUAUUUUGUCUUGGUAGUAGCUUUUCCCCACUGAGCUUCCUUCCCGUUGUCCUUUUCGAGGGGCAAGUUAUCUUCAAAGGGAUCUUUACUGGCUCCCCUGCACUUCUGCACUGUUUCCCCACCUGAGACAGACUUACAGGAAUGUAACCUUUGAAGCUGUGGGCGCAACCAAACGCCACGUGGAGAACGUUGGCCUUCCUAGACAACAAGUGAUGAAAGUUAAUGGAAAAGGACCGAAAUUCUCGUCUUCCUCCCAUUCCUGCUUUAGGCCACUGAGCUCCCCCCCUCCCGCCCCCAAUUCAGCUCCUGAGAGUUGAAGGAUCCUCAGGAACAGCCUGGGAGCAAAGCAGGAAUCCGCAACGGGGAGGGGGGACGUGGCAGAAAUCACCCGGCCCUCCUCCGCUGAGAGAUGGGCCGUUACGACAGAGUCCGGUGGAAGAGUUCUCUGCAGCCUGAGCUGUGAUCCCGCUGUAGCUAAGCACAAAGUUGCCCAUUCCUCUCUACAGCAAAGGACAAAUCCAGCUAGUUCAGUCUGCCCAUCCUCACCGCCCUGAAGAGAAACCCACUUCCGUAGACGAAGCUCCCUUGUUCGAUGUGGGAUCUGGUCUAUGGAAUAGAACUGAGCACAGAGGUGACCAUUAUAGGAAGUCCAAAACUGAAGGAACCGGAAGCAGUGUCCAGUUGUACGGUUCUAGGAAGAAGAAGAAGAAGAGUUUGGAUUUAUAUCCCCCCUUUCUCUCCUGCAGGAGACUCAAAGGGGCUUACAAGCU